CGUCAAAACUUUAAAAAAAAACAAUGAAGACUGCAGCAGUUUUUGUUUUUCUUUCCUGUCUGCUUGCAACGGAAGUACAAGGGCAGACAUUUCCCAAAGGCAGGUGCUUCUGUGCUGACAAAGGAGUGAAUGUAGUUUUACUGAAAAACAUUGAGAAGGUUGAAAUCAUUCCUCCAAGUCCAUCUUGUGGGAGACAGGAGAUUAUUGUCAAUCUGAAGAGCACUGAGCAGAAAUGCUUGAAUCCAGAGUCUAAAUUCACACAGAAUUUAAUCAAGAGGGCUCUUGAAAAGAUAGCCCGGCAGUAGAUGCUUAGUACGAGACUGGAUUCGCUGCUGUGUUAUAAUGCCAAUGAAGAACAUCCUCAGAUGCUGUAUGACCUCUAGCUGACAGUUUGCAUACAUUGCAUGAGUUUGCCUAGAACACAUAUGUAUAAACUGUAAAUAUUUUCUGCUUGAUAAUUUAUGCAACUGACUAUGGUGUAGUAAUUAUAAAUUUCAGAUUACAAAAAUGAAUUAUAUAUAUAUAUUUCAUUUUGUGUUUAAUUUUGGUCAAACACUGUUGUUGCUGUUAUACAGUCCACUUAUGAUGUUAAUUAUUUCAUUGUUCAUCUGUGUCCACUAUGUUAUCAAAUAAAAGUUUUUGUUUUCCAUAAA